AUGGACGUUGUGAACGACUCCCCAAUCUCCAUUCCAACCCAGAUGGUUGGUCCAAGGCGGGAGCCUGUGACCGUUCCAGCCUGCUGUAGCUGCAGUGAUGUUUUCCAGUAUGAGACAAACAAAGUCACUCAGAUCCAGAGCAUCAAUUAUGGCAUCAUUAAGUGGUUCUUCCACGUGAUCGUCUUUUCCUACGUUAGCUUUGCCCUGGUGAGUGACAAGCUGUACCAGUGGAAAGAGCCUGCCAUCAGUUCUGUGCACAGCAAGGUGAAAAGGAUAGCAGAGGUGAAACAGGAGAUCAUGGAGAACGGAGUGAAGAAGUUGGUGCACAGUGUCUUUAACAUGGCAGAUUACACCUUCCCUUUGCAGGCGAGCACCUGGUAG